AUGCACGACCGUGAUUUCGAUUAUGAUUACUUUGGAUUUAAAACGCUUGAGAGGUUGUGCCUCUUGAAAGUCGAUGGGAAAGUUGUUGAAAGGCCUCAACACAUGUUGAUGCGUGUCGCUGUUGGCAUCCACUUGGACGAUAUCGACUCCGCAAUCAAAACUUACCACGUGAUGUCUCAGAGACUCUUCACUCAUGCACCCCCUACUCUCUUGUACGCAGGAACUCCAAGGCCUCAAUUGAGUAGCAGCUUCCUUACCUGCAUACAAGAUGAUAGCAUCGAGGGCAUAUACGAUACACUCCAAAAGUGUGCUGUGAUAAGCAAAUCUGCAGGCAGUGUUAGUGUUUCAGUUCACAACGCAAAUGGAAUUUCUAAUCUGCUGGGUGUUUUGAACGCUACUGCUCGUUAUGCUGAUCAAGGAGGAGGUAAGACUAAGAGACAAUGCUCCGGAAGAGCCAAGGAAAGGUACACAGUACAGUGUCAUGCCAAGAUCACUCACCAUCACAUGUGUGUAGUUUCCAAGUUAUACAGUUUUUUCGCCAAUCCAAUGCAGGAGGCUAGAGACUCGUUGUGUACUGCUCUCUGGGUUCCAGAUCUUUUCAUGGAGAGACUCAGGAGUAAAGGGAAGUGGUCACUUUUUUGCCCUAAUGAAGCUCCAGGUUUGGCAGAUUGCUGGGGCAUGGAGUUUGAGAGACUGUACACAAAGUAUGAGAGAGAGGGAAAGGCCAAGAAGGUUCUUCAGGCGCGAGACCUUUUUUGUCAUAUCUUGAAAUCACAGCUAGAAACAGGAAUGCCAUACAUGCUUCUCAAGGAUAUAUGCAACAGAAAAAGCAACCAGCAAAAUCUCGGUACAAUAAAAUCCUCCAGUAUGUGCACUGGAGUUAUUGAGUACACUAGUCCAACAGAAACUGCUGUGUGUAAUCUUGCAUCGAUUGCCUUGUCCAGAUUUGUUAUGGAGAAAGGCGUCCCAUUCGACUCUCACCCAUCUAAGCUUGUUGGCAGCCUGCGCUCAAAGAGUCGCUACUUCGAUUUUGAAAAGUUAGCCGAGGUAACUGCUACUGUAACUAAUGAUGUCGAUAAGAUAAUAGACAGAAACUACUAUCCUGUGGAGAGUGCAAAAACUUCAAACAUGCGUCAUAGACCUAUUAGUAUUGGUGUGCAAGGUCUUGCAGAUGCAUUUAUCCUUCUUGGAAUGCCGUUUGACUCUCCAGAGGCCCAACAACUGAAUACGGAUAUAUUCGAAACCAUAUACUACCAUGCACUCAAAGCAUCUGCAGAGCUUGCUGCGAGAAAUGGUGCAUAUGAGACAUACAAAGGAAGUCCCAUGAGCAAGGGGAUUCUUCAACCUGACAUGUGGGGUGUGACUCCGUCAAACCGCUGGGACUGGGCGCUUCUUAGGGACAUGAUAUCAAAGACUGGAGUGAGGAACUCUCUUUUGGUAUCACUGAUGCCAACUGCUUUAACCAGUCAGAUUCUCGGGAACAGCGAAUGUUUCGAGCCAUACGUAUCAAACAUCUACAGCCGCAAAGCAUUACCUUCAAAAGGUUUCCUCAGUGGGGAGUUCAUACUUGUGAAUAAGCACCUUCUUCAUGAUUUGACCGAGAUGGGUCUUUGGACUCCAAAACUGAAAGACAAGGUCACCCAUGGGAACGGUUCAAUAAGUAAUGUCCCAGAGAUACCUGAUGACAUUAAAGCGAUUUACAGAACUGCAUGGGAGAUGAAACAAAGACCCAUGAUCGACAUGGCUGCUGAUCGUGGAUGCUACAUAGACCAAAGCCAAUGCUUAAACUUACACCUGGAAGAACCUGGCUACCUAAACCUCACUAUCUUACAGUUCUAUGCUUGGAUUAAGGGAUUAAAAACUGGAAUGCACUACCUGCGAUCACGAGCUACAAACUAUGGUCAAGGUUCAAUAAACAAGUAGAAGAUAGUCAUGAAGCUAACCUGCACAGAUGGUUUAAGAGUGAAGGCCAGAGGCUUUUUAUGGUCAAUGCAUUUGUAGGAUGUUUCAAACGAGGCUAUAGCAAUGUACAAUUAAGGCCGGCCUUGUGCAAAGCCGAAGCCCACUUACACAAAGCUCCCUAUAGGGUUCCCAU